GUGUGUGUGUGUGUGUGUGUGUGUGUGUGUGUGUGAGAGAGACGCGUCGGUUAAUCGGGUUCUUUGUUAUCCAGCCUCCUGCCCGCCAUCCCAUAUCGACGUGUAAAAUAUAGUUUGUUGGCGGUCCAAACAUCAAAUGACAGAAGGAGUAAAGAAAGCAAGCUCAUUGUUUCUCUCCGUGGGACAAACAACAACAAUCUCUGCAUUGUGAUUGGCUCGUUCUCCUCCCGGUCCGACCUUUCAAAUUCACCCAUAGCUCGCCCCUCCCCCUCCUCUCCUUUCUCGCUCCGCCUCUAACGCCUCCCUCCUCCACUCGGGAAGGGAAAGAGGAUGAACACACACACACACACACACACACCGAGCCAUGUGGGCUGAAGCGCUCGCCUCCAUCAGUCUGUCUUGGAGACGCAUUUCUAAAAGAAAGAAACUUUCCUUUUCUUUUUGUAUGAAGUGGCGCUGCAGCCGCGUCAGCGCUCACCUGAUUGGCUGCUCUUUGGGCUGAGCCGGCAGCAUCGCUCCUGUUUGGCUCCUCGGCCGGGAUGUCGUGGUCGGACGGAGCUCUUCAGAGGAUUUGAGUCUGGUGUUGAUGGUUUCUCAUUUUAAAUACGCUCUUUGGUGUCAUGUCCCCCGGCAGUGUGAUUCUGUAUUCAUGAGUUGGAUCUGAUUUUUAAACCUCCGGUGUGAGUUAAAUUCACACCAGAUCUACAACUCCCACAAUGCCGAGCAGAGAGCCGUACGUGGUGAGAAGAGCCGAGAAGCAGGCGGGUCAGAAGGGCUCUUUGUUUGCCGGUUCGAUUCCCUCCCUGCCGGUCUCCGGCGGCACCGACCGGCCGGCCCCCUCCAAACCCGCCUCCCCCGCUUCCACCUUCUGGCGACCAAUCAGAUCGUUUGCCCUUUCGCAGCUCACAUCGCUGGUGCGGCGGGCCACCCUGAGGGAGAGCGACCUGGCACCCAAGUACGAGAAGGUCCACAACUUCAAGGUGCAUACGUUCAGAGGCCCCCACUGGUGUGAGUACUGCGCCAACUUCAUGUGGGGUCUCAUCGCUCAGGGGGUGAAGUGUGCAGACUGCGGCCUGAACGUCCACAAGCAGUGCUCCAAAGUGGUGCCCAACGACUGCCAGCCGGACCUGCGGCACGUCAAGAAGGUGUACAGCUGCGACCUGACCACGCUGGUGAAGGCCCACAACGCCAAGAGGCCCAUGGUGGUCGACAUGUGCAUACAGGAGAUCGAGGCUCGGGGUCUCCAGUCAGAGGGUUUGUACCGGAUCUCCGGCUUCAGUGAGCUGAUUGAAGAUGUCAAGCUGGCCUUCGACAGAGACGGCGAGAAGGCGGACAUUUCCUCAACCGCGUACGAGGACCUCAACAUCAUCACCGGAGCCCUCAAGCUCUACUUCAGGGAGCUGCCGAUUCCCCUCAUCACAUACGACGCCUACCCGCGCUUCAUCGAAACAGGAAAGAUCGCGGACGCAGAGAAGCGCCUGGAGUCUCUCCACGAGGCCUUGAAGCUGCUGCCGCCGGCUCACUGCGAGACGCUGCGGUGCCUCAUGGCUCACCUCAAGAGGGUCACCGAGUACGAGAAGGAGAACCUCAUGUCCAGCGAGAACCUGGGUAUCGUCUUCGGCCCGACGCUGAUGAGGGCCCCCGGGCUGGACGCCAUGACGGCGCUCAACGACAUCCGAUACCAGAGGCUCGUGGUGGAAACGCUCAUUACCAACGAAGAUGUGUUGUUCUGAGAGGAGGCGAGGGCAGAGGAAAGGAAUCUUCCAACGAGGAGAGGACGGACGGGUCGGGACGUCGCCCUGUGAAAAGAUGGAAGGACUUUUUACAGGAAGUUGUGUGUGUGGCGUGGAAGGCGGGACCAAUGAAGGAAGCGACUGUUUGCAAUGAAGGAAAUUAUUUUAAGGAUGCAGAUUUUAAGUUAAAUAGUCAAUUUAAGGACAAUUUUUCCAGCCUCACAAGAUAGAAAUAAACAAAUAUUAUCUGGGAGAAAGGACAAAUAUGUUCUUUAUUGGUUAUAAGCGACUGUGUCUGUGGGGGGGGGACACUGGGAUGCAUCUUUGUGUUGGAACAAGCUCAUAAACAAGUGUCACCUGGUCUGUUUCUGAGUGAAUGUCCUCAUCCAUCAUGUCCUCCAGCUGCAGGAAGAGGUCAGUCUGCUCUGACUUCCUCCCAGCAGACCGCUGGACGGAUGAAUGGAAGGAAAAAGGGAACAACUCGCCCUCGUUCCUCUGAAGAGACGUUGGACCUCUUCGUGUUUAUCAUUCGUACGUUUUUAGUUGCUAAAAAAACAAACGACCCUAUUUUUUUGUGCCAUAUGAUCAGCGGUUUGUUUGCGAGUUGUUGCUGUAGAAUUACAAACCAUCUGAUGGGGCUGGAUAUUAAAUAACUUCUUUUUUAGAGGUGAAAUAUAUUAAAUUGUGCGUCACGCAGCCCAUUUAAAGGGAAGCUUUGGGAUCUGCUUUUCUCCAUCGGCAGAUGUAAUAACCAUAACGAUUUGUCAUUUUGCAUAAAGUAGUAUCGUCAUUAAGCACUCAUUUAAAUUCUUGAUCGCUGUCCUGAAUGCCGUUCAAACGGAUUGACGUAAUUGUUUUGACUUUAUUGACCCGAGUGGAUUUUUUUGGAUUAUUUUGAAUUUGUUUAGCCCCAGAAAAUUAAAGCAAAGAAGCUCAAUAAUAAGAAAUGUUAAUAACUCUGUAUCCGUGUUUGACAACGAGGUCAUAAGAGUGAUACGACUGUGAAAUGGUGAGAAAUAAUAUUGCGUAAAAAAGUAACGGCCGGUUUGGAUCAUUUUUAUUUCACACUCUGGCUAAAAAAAGAUUUUCCCUAAAUACACGUUUUUGUAAUAAAUUUGCCGUACAGAUGUUUCUUCUGGAUAUGUGAAGAAGAGCUCCGGGUUAAACGAAGCUCGGCUGUAAUGCGUUGCUGUGACGAGAUGAACGCAGUAUUCCAUGUGGAAUGAUGUUGCUCCUCACCUGGAACAUGAAGGAGUGUUUAUCUUUCAACUCGUGCCAUUUGAAAAGAGGUGGAAGGUGUUCUGCAUGUUUUAUUGUUUCUAAGAAAUCCUGAUUUGGGUUUUUUGACUGUUUUAUAUUGUGUACUAACUUCCUUCAGCCGACCCCAAUGAUAACAUUUGUUUUUUGGCAUUAUGAAACGUCUUUGUUUUCUUUUUUACUGUCAUUAAUGUAAAGUAUUUUCUAUAUGGUUUCUGCAUGAUGAAAUUAAAUUAUUAAAUAUG